AUGGUUGCAGAUGAUGAGAGGGAAUUUAGUUAUGACGAAAAUAGCCCGAACGGUCCGGCGCACUGGGGAGAGAUCCGGCCGGAAUGGAGUGAGUGUAAUUCAGGGCAAAUGCAGUCUCCGAUUGAUCUGUUGAGUGAGAGAGUUGAAAUAGUUUCGAAUUUUGGCAGACUUAAGAGAGGUUACAAUCCCUCUAAUGCUACUCUAAUCAAUAGGGGCCAUGACAUGAUGAGCCACGAUAACCGCACGGCUGUGAUUGGGAUCAUGUAUAAAAUUGGUCGUCCAGAUUCCUUUCUGUCCGAGAUGCAGAGGGAGUUAGAAGCAGUAGCUCAAACUCAUGAGGUGGAGCACUCUGUGGGUGUUGUGAAUCCCAGGCAAAUUAAAUUCGGGAGUAGAAAGUAUUACAGAUAUAUUGGUUCACUUACAGUCCCUCCUUGCACUCAAAACAUUAUUUGGACCAUGGUUAGAAAGGUGAGAACCGUUUCAAGAGAACAAGUUCGAGUGAUUCGCGAAGCUGUCCACGAUGACUCAGAAGCAAAUUCCAGACCUAUCCAACAGCUGCAUGAUCGUUCCAUUGAUCUCUUCAGACCCAAAGAUCGUUUCAACUGA